AUGACCAAAUUCCGACCUUGUAUCGAUCUCCACUCGGGUCAAGUCAAGCAAAUUGUUGGAGGGACAUUGAGCAAUGUCCCUGCGGAUUUAAAGACGAACUAUGUUUCUAAACUUCCAGCUAGUCAUUACGCAGAACUGUACCAAAGACACGGCUUACGUGGAGGCCAUGUUGUGAUGCUUGGUUCAGGCAAUGAUGCAGCAGCAGAAGAAGCACUUAGCACAUGGCCGAGUGGCUUGCAGGUCGCCGGUGGAAUCACCGAUAAGAAUGCUCAGUACUGGAUAGACCAGGGUGCCGAGAAGGUUAUAAUCACAUCAUUCCUCUUUCCAGAGGGUAAAUUCUCUCUUGAAAGGUUGGAAUCGGUUCUUUUCGCUCUUGGAGAAUCCAUCUCGCUACUGGAGCCUUACUGCUCGGAAUUUCUUAUCCACGCUGCAGAUGUGGAGGGACUACAACAAGGUAUAGACGAAGAGUUAGUGUCUAAGCUCUCCGAGUGGUGCUCGAUACCGGUUACGUAUGCUGGCGGUGCACGGAGCCUAGAAGAUCUUGAGAAGGUUCACUCAAGUAGUCGAGGAAAAGUGGACUUAACUAUCGGCAGCGCGUUGGAUAUCUUUGGUGGUUCUGGUGUGACAUUCGACGAAUGUAUUCAAUGGAAUAAGACUCACUAG